AUCGAAGGCGGUCCGACUGAACUCCCGCGCUCUCCCGUCGCGGCACUUAGCUUUUCAGGUCCGAUUUUUGCCGGGGCCAUGGAAGGGGUCGCGGCGAUCACGGCAGGCAACGCGGGCGCUGCCAAGGCGGAGGGAGCCGCAGUCAUGCCGCCGCCGCCUCCCGUGUCCCCACCUGCCCUCACCCCGCCGCCCGUGGCCGGCGAGGAGGGCCCGGCUCCUCUGCCCGAGGUGGGGGCUCCAGGCUGCUCCGGCUCCCGGCCCCCUGAGUUAGAGCCCGAGCGCAGCCUGGGCCGCUUGAGGGGCCGCUUCGAAGACUACGACGAGGAGCUGGAAGAGGAUGAGGAGUUGGAGGAGGAAGAGGAGGAGGAGGAGGAAGAGCUGAGCCACUUCUCGCUGAGGCUGGAAGGGGGCCGGCCGGACUCUGAGGACGAAGAGGAGCGCCUGAUUAAUCUUGCUGAGCUGACACCAUAUAUCUUGUGUUCCAUUUGCAAGGGUUAUUUAAUAGAUGCAACUACCAUUACAGAAUGUCUUCAUACGUUUUGUAAAAGCUGCAUUGUAAGACAUUUUUACUAUAGCAACAGAUGUCCAAAAUGCAACGUAGUUGUACAUCAGACACAACCACUUUACAAUAUAAGGUUGGACCGACAAUUACAAGAUAUAGUGUACAAAUUAGUGAUCAAUCUAGAGGAAAGAGAAAAAAAGCAAAUGCAUGAUUUCUAUAAAGAAAGAGGUCUAGAAGUACCUAAACCUGCUGUUCCACAGUCAGUCCCUUCAAGCAAAGGAAGAACUAAGAAAGUCCUAGAAUCAGUAUUUCGUAUUCCACCUGAACUUGACAUGUCUUUAUUACUGGAGUUCAUUGGGAUCGAACCCAGAUCCUCACAUGUGCUAGACAAGAUUCUACCACUGAGUCACAACUCCAGCUGUUGUGCUAAUGAAGGCACGGGACAUUUUAAGCCAUUAGAAAAGAAGUUUGUUCGAGUUUCAGGAGAAGCCACUAUUGGACAUGUAGAAAAAUUCCUCCGAAGAAAAAUGGGUCUUGAUCCAGCUUGUCAGGUAGAUAUCAUCUGUGGUGAUCACUUGCUGGAGCAGUACCAGACUCUAAGGGAGAUCCGACGUGCAAUAGGUGAUGCAGCAAUGCAAGAUGGUCUGCUUGUCCUUCAUUAUGGUCUUGUGGUUUCUCCUCUGAAAAUAACUUGAAGAUGCUAGGCAUAUUAUGAGGAAGGAAGCAAACAAAGUAAGGAAAUUUCUACAGGACUGUAUUUCACCAAAGAUUUCCACAAAACAUGUAAUCACUACCACGUUGUGCUGUUCAAGACAUACCUUAUCUAUUUUCAGCACCAAAAAUCCUAAGUACAAUUGGAAUGAAGGAAUGCACCUGUUUCACUAGAGACUAUAUGUAAAAAGCACUAGAGCUCAGGGGAAUUUUUCCAAAACAGCAUAUUUUAAAAUUCCGUAUACUUUGAUGUUGAUUUUUGCUUCCCAUCUUUGAGGUAAAGUGAUCACUGUUUUCUCCUUUGUUGAGCCAUAUCCCUUUAAAGUUGGCAGUAAGGAUUCUGUUCUGUGGAACAGCAUCAGUUGGACAGUCAUCCUUUUGGGAAAAAGAGGUAUGCUUUUGAAUGGGAGAUUCAAAGCCAGUCUUUGUUAAACCACAGGGUAUACUCUCAAAAGACCAAAACUACUGGCUGCUUUUGUAUUUGCCAUCAUAUUUUAAACUUGUAGAGUUUCCCCCCCCCUUAAACCAGCAAUACUACUAAAGAAAUGUUUGUUCAUAAAAUGGAUGAAUUAUCAUUAUCUGUGUGAAGACACUGUGUCAUAAGCCUUCAGUGUAAUAAGACUUCUUAACAUAUCUUACAAUAAGAGGUGCUUAUUUGUGAUGACAUAUUUAAUUUUAUUUGCAUACAAAGUAUGAUUUGUUGAUAACCUGUAAUGGCACUCCUUCUGAAAGUAAUAAUAAAACAUUUCAGGUGAAUUUCAGAAGUUUACAGAAUACUUUUUGUUUCCUCAGCAAGUCAGCUUAAUAUUCAUUUUCCCCUUAUUUUGUGACUGGGAUAAAGAAUAAGAAUGUUUUAAAGCUGCUUAAUUUUAUGCAGACUUCAAUUUUGAACAUUAUUUUGCUUAAAAUUAGCCUCCUGAUUCUUUCUAAAUGAAAUAUUUUGUAGACUAUUUCACAGCAAAAUUUCCAAAUCUGUAUGAAACUUUAAAAAUUGGACAAGGAUUGGCAAUUGUUUUGUAAAGAAUCUGUGAAUUGUGUAUAUAUCUCUUCUAACAUUUAAUAAAAAUUUAUUUUAGCUUACUUUGAAA